GCAGAUCUGCUCUCAGCCCUCUCCUACUUCUACGGGGUGCUGCAGGACUUCGACAGGACCUCGUGGGACUGUGUGCUGCAGGGUGCCCUGUCCACCUUCGCCAACACCAGCUCCUUCUUCUGGACCAUGGCCAUCGCGCUCUACCUCUACAUCACCAUCGUCCGGGGCUCGCCCACGGGCACGGGCUUGCUCUGGUGCUUCCAUCUCGUGAGCUGGGGCAUCCCCCUGGGCAUUACAGUGGCAGCUGUUGCUCUGAAGAAGAUUGGCUACGAUGCCUCCAAUGUUUCUGUGGGCUGGUGUUGGGUCAACCUGGAUGCAGAGGAUCAUGUCCUGUGGAUGCUGUUGACAGGGAAGGUUUGGGAGAUCCUGGCCUAUGUGACUCUGCCAGUGCUCUACAUCCUCAUCAAGAAGCACAUUAAUAGAGCGCAUGCAGCACUCUCAGAGUAUCGCCCCAUCCUCUCAGGAGCACCUGCAUUUCAGCCCAGGACUUCCAUAGCAGACAAGAAGUUGAUUCUCAUCCCUGUCAUCUUCAUCAUCCUCCGCAUCUGGAGCACCGUGCGAUUCAUUCUGACCCUCUGCAACUCCCCUGCAGUGCAAAACUCAGUCCUGGUUGUCCUGCAUGGAAUUGGAAACACGUUCCAAGGAGGUGCCAACUGCAUCAUGUUUGUCCUCUGCACACGAGCGGUUCGGACUCGGCUGCUUUCCUUCAUUUGCUGUGGCAAAUAUGAUGAGAUGGAUUGGUCUCUGCAAAGGUCAAACAGCUCCUGGCAGCACCCAGAACCCCACAAGGACAAGGAUGUGCCAGGCCCUGAGCAGACCAAGCCCCUGCUCUCCAGCACCUGA